AUCAUCAACAACAACAACAACAAUAAUAAAAACACGGAAAUAAUCAAAACCAGAAAAUGUAUGGAUUCGUGAAUCAUGCUUUGGAACUUUUGGUCAUACAAAAUUUUGGCGAACCAAUAUGGGAAAAAAUCAAGAGAGAAGCUGAUAUUGAAAUGGAUGGAUCAUUUCUUGUUCGUAUUGUUUAUGAUGAUGAAAUGACCUAUCAAAUAGUGAUGGCUGCCGAACGUGUCCUAAAAAUCCCGGCAAAUGAAAUUCUUGAAAUGUUUGGCCGAUCAUUUUUUGAUUUUUGUCAAGACUCUGGCUAUGAUACCAUAUUACAAGUAUUAGGUGCUACAACAAAAGAUUUUUUACAAAAUUUGGAUGCAUUGCAUGAUCAUUUGGCUACGAUAUAUCCGGGAAUGAAAGCACCAUCAUUUCGUUGUUCAGAACGUAUUGAUGGAUCAUUAAUAUUGCACUAUUAUUCGGAACGUGAAGGACUGGAACAUAUCGUUAUCGGUAUUGUAAAAGCGGUUGCAAACAAACUACAUGGACAAGAUGUUGAAGUAAACAUUAUCAAACGUAAAGGUGAUGAUUGUGAUCAUGUACAAUUUGAGAUUAUCGAAAAAGUUAAAGCAAAACCCGUAUCCAAUCAAAUUGGAAUGGGCAACAUGGAUCAGAUUAAUAUCAAUCAAUUUAUGUCGUUUGAGAACAAAAUUUCACCGCUUACAUUUUGUAAAGCAUUUCCUUUUCAUCUUGUAUUCGAUAAGAACAUGAUUCUUCGUCAGGCUGGAAUUUCAAUGGCUCGUGUACUUCCUGCAUUCACUGAAAAUGAAUGUAACAUUACACAAGUAAUGGAUAUGAUUCGACCUCAUAUGGAAUUUACAUUUAACAAUAUAUUGGCUCAUAUUAAUACUGUAUUUGUAUUGCGUACGAAAUUUGGUAACUAUAAUGAAAAUGGCAAAGAAUUUACAAGAAUGCGUCUUAAAGGACAAAUGAUUUAUGUUCCAGAAACAGAUCUUGUUCUUUUUCUUUGUUCACCAAGCGUAUUGAAUUUAGAUGAUCUUAAUCGUCGUGGAUUGUAUCUAAGCGAUAUUCCAUUACAUGAUGCAACGAGAGAUUUAAUAUUGUUAUCUGAACAAUUUGAAGCAGAAUAUAAGCUGACUAAAAAUCUGGAAAUAUUAACAGAUAAAUUACAACAAACAUAUCGAGAAUUAGAAGAUGAAAAACGUAAAACCGAUAGACUUCUUUAUUCGGUGUUACCACCAUCGGUUGCAAACGAGCUUCGACAUCAACGACCUGUACCAGCUAAAAAAUAUGAAUGCGUUACCUUAUUGUUUAGCGGUAUAGUAGGCUUCAAUGAUUAUUGUGCAAAAAAUGCUGACUCAAAAGGAGCAAUGAAAAUUGUAAAAUUAUUGAAUAAUCUUUACACGACUUUUGAUGUGUUGACCGAUCCGAAAAAGAAUCCGGAUGUUUAUAAGGUUGAAACGGUGGGCGACAAAUAUAUGGCCGUUUCAGGAUUGCCUGAACCAUGUGAAUCACAUGCUAGAUGUAUAGCAAGAUUAGCAUUAGAUAUAAUGGAUCUUUCUAAACGAGUCAAAAAUGCUGACCUAGAUGGAAUUCAAUUAACUAUUGGAAUUCAUUCGGGAGAAGUAGUCACCGGAGUGAUUGGUAAACGAAUGCCUCGUUAUUGUCUGUUUGGAAAUACGGUCAAUCUUACUAGUCGUACGGAAACAACUGGUGCACCCGGAAUGAUCAAUGUUACAGAAAAUGCUUAUAAUUGUCUAAUGGAGAAUAAAAAUCAUGAUUCGGAUUUUAAAUUUACCUAUCGUGGUCCAGUAUUGAUGAAAGGUAGAGCCGAACCAAUGAAAACAUGGUUUUUGACUCGUCGUACCGAAGAAAUCGAAUAAAUUUUUACUCAUAGAAAUGUUUUUUUUUAGAAAAAAAUGUUUUUGUUUUCACUGCACUAUUGAAAAAAACUGAUUCUUAUUAAAUAUCGAUACCAAAUAGUUUUGAAA